CCCUACCAUUAUCACAAUGUAUAGAUGUUUUUUUUGUUGUUGUUAUAUACGAGCUAAACAUAUCGUUUAGUAGCUUGUUGUUUUAUUUUUAUUUUUUUCCCAUCCCUCCGCUCUGAAGCAAUGGGAGUGGCUAGAAUAACCUUCGGGUGAGCUAGUGGAGAGAGCCGGAGAGCGAGAGAGGGACGGAGAAGACUAGUUGAUUGCUAACAUGGCGGAGACCGUACUCUCGCUCUUCGACUACCGGGAGCCACCGACACUGGACAGCGACGGAGAGGGAACCAAACCGGUGCCGACGCCUCGGGGACGCGGUUGUGGGAGGAAAAGGAAGGGAACGCCGGUGAAAGUGUGCGACCGAGUCUUUGUCACAGAGGAUGAGGAGGACAGCUCCGAACACAGCUACUGUCCAGGUGAUGGUAAGGAGGCUGCAGAGAACAAACGACCAACACUGGAUGGACCAUGUUACAUCAAUGACCCUGCUCAGAUCUGUGGGUCUUUAGAGCUGGGUGAGGAGGGAUCCAGCGGGGGCAGGGGGGCGGCGGUGAUAUACCCCCCUCCUCCAAACUGCCGCAUCCGCGAGGUACACUGUGGGAGCCAGGUGCGUCUGGUCGUCAUAGCGAUCCGAGACAUCACCAAAGGAGAGGAGAUCACCGUUGACUACAGCCUGACCGAGUGGGGAGACAACACUAUGGGUUUCCGUGGUACCGUGUCUCCAGGGAGAUAUGAGUGUCUCUCCGACCCCGAGAACAACAGUAUCAAAAAGGAGGAAGAGUCCGUGCCCCCCUCUCUCUCAGCCCAGGACUACCUCACCCCUUCCUGGCCCCUUUCCCCCUCUUCCUCCCCCCUCUCCCACUCCAAUGCCAGCGACUCGGAUCCCCAGAAUGAGGGGGGCGAGGACGGGAGUCAGAGACACACACCUCGCCGCCGCAAACGCCGCCGGACCACCACCCCCUCCAAAAAGAGGACCACCCCUCACCGGACGUCCCCAGGCCGCCCUCCCCUCUCCACUUCAUACCGCCCCCUCACCUUCUCCCCCCCUCCUCCCUCCUCCUCCUCCUCCACCUCUUCUCGCCCUUCUCUGUUCAAAUCCCCUGCUCCAUUGGGGCCCAACACGACGGCGAACAUCAGUAUUAACAUCGCCAGGGGGGUUGGCAUGGGCGUGCCCCCCCAGAAGUUGAGCUGCGCUUACUGCGGGCGCCACUUCCGCUCACUGGGGCGCCACCUGGACAAGCACCACCCCAACCAGCCCGAGAUCCGUGCCGCGCUUAUCGAGCGAUUUAUGCCCCACCUGGCGGCCGCACACGCCGCACACCACGCUCAGUCCGAGCAGCAACCUCGGUCAUCAUCGGCGGCGUCAGGAGCGGAGCAAAAUUCCCACAAGCCACCACAGGGGGGCGCCGCAGCCGCCGCGCUCUCCCUGUCUCCUCAACGUCCCUCCGCCACCACCGCCCAGUCCCCUUUCUCUGCCGUCGGGAGAAACUCCUCCCCCCUGGUGUUGACUCCGCCCCGAGGACGCAGUGCCGUGGCCGUGUCCGUUCUGAAGAGAAGCCCGCCUCCAGUGGCUGUGACCCCGCCCAGAAAGGCGGGACUGCGCAAAGUGAAGAAGGAAAAAGAGGAGGAGGAAGAGGAGAACGACCUGGUGGAAGUGGCGGUGGCGAGGCCCAAAGAAGAGGCAGAGGCGGCUUGUCCCCACGUCUUUCAGCAGACGCCCAAAGAGGUGGAGCGGCUGCCUAAAGAGGAUGAAAAUGAAGAAGAGGAGGAGGAGAGCGGAAUGAUGGAAGAUGACAGUGGAGCCGAGGAGAAGGAGAAGGAGUUGUUGAGUUCGGGCCGUCUCCACAUGCUGCCCCUCCUCUCCUCCCUGUCUUCCCUGGUUCUCUACCUCCGCAGGCUCCAGCACUCUGCCUUCCUCUCCCUGUCCCGCCAGCUCCAAUCCGCCGAGGCCUGGCGCCUCCUGUGCCACUCCUCCCUCGCCCUGCUCAUCCUCUACAACCGUCGCCGCGAAUGCGAGGUCUCCAAACUGGUCAUAGCCGAAUACCGUGCCCGUGUCACCCCCCAGUGCCCCGUGCCUGUGCCCCCCGGCGCCCCGCCCGCCCUCACACCCCUGGAGGCAUCGCUUUCGCCCUUUGAGCGUCUCGUGCUUCCGCAUUUGCCUCGAGUAGGUGUCCAGGGCAAACGAGGAAGAGUCCAGCCUCUUAUCCUGCCACCGCACUGCGAGCCGUGUCUGGAACUCCUCCUCCAGACCAGGCAAGAUGUCGGCGUCGAUCCCCAGAACCCGUACGUCUUCGCCCGGCCGUACCACUCUCCAGCCACCCCCCUCCGGGGCACCGACCUCCUCCGGAGUCUGGCCCGCUCCAGCGGCACCCGGAACCCCCGCGCCCUCACCCAGACGCGCGUCCGGCGCCAGGUCGCCAUCUUGACGCAGCUGCUAUUGCUCGGCGAGGGGGAGGAGCCAGGACAGCCGGGCGGGAACGCCAUAGAGCGCCUGGAACACUUCCUGGAGCGCGAGUACCACGUGACGCAGAGCUGCGGCGGGAUUGGCCAGGACCCGGGGCUGAUGGGUAGAGUGGGGCGUGUGGUGCUGUGCGGGGAGAGAGACGGCGUGCUGUUCCGGGGGAUGAGCCUCCACCACAUCUGUCUGGAGCUUGACGUGAUGUCAGGCAACUCGGCCGACUCGUACUCGGACGGCGACUCUGACGGCGAAGGGGGGAAGGAGAAGGGCGAGGUGGCCCCUCCCAGCCUGCUGAUGGUGAGGAAGAGCAGGACCAACGGCAGGACGCCGCGUGCCAGGAAACUCAAGGUCACGCCCUCCUCCGCAUUGCCCCUCUCCCCCUCACUCCCCGGCCGCAGGAGAGGCUCAGGUGGGCCCAAAUCAGGCAAACGCGGCGUCCUCAAGCGCCCGUGGUCAGACGCGGAGCGCGCCGCCGUGGAGGAGCACCUGACCUCUAACAUCGCCGAGCUGCGCGUGCCCGCCAAGGCCGACUGCGAGCGCUGCCUUCAGAGCUGCCCUCUGCUGGUCACCAACCGGCGAGACUGGCGGGCCAUCAAAUUCUACUGUCACAACCGCAUCCAGCUGCUCAAGAAGAACCAGCGGCGAGAGGACGACGGGACGCCAAUCAUGGUGUGCUGAGAGGACGGACGGACGGACAGACUGAUGGACGGACACGACAACAGCUCCACAGUAUCCACACUUGCGUACUACAUAGAAUGAAGGAAGCCAAAACAGAGGAGUGGUCAACUCCGUAACGUCACAACAGUGCUGAUGGGCAACUCUGUAGUGCAACAGAGUUGACGCUUAAGGAAGCAAUGUAGUGGCCGUGUGUUGGAAGUGGUACGCUAAUGUGGGUAUCGGAACGUAGCCUACAUCUCAUUAAGCAGGUUUCCAUCCGUUUAAUGGCAGAAAAGUCCAUGUCGGGUCAAAAAUGUCACGACAGGCCUGAUGGAAACAGAAAAUGUUUCGAUAAACCUUCCAAAUGUCAACAAAAACAAAAUACGUUAGACACGGUGGGAUCUUUUUGUGUGUGUAAAGUGAAGUACACGAGAAAUGUCGGUGGAAAUGCUUUUAUGUGCAAAUAUUGAUAUAAAAACCAUCAUAUCGAUGGUUGCAAGGUGAUGAGCUUGAUGCUACUUUACGAUUCUGGUGAAAUGAUCGAUGCUUGGCUGCCAUUUGACAAAUUUAAAAUAAUCCCGCUCUUUUGGCCAUAAUAUUCUCAUCAUGUAGGCUAUACCUGCGCGAUUUUCCAAUAACAGACUGGGCAGACUCAUCACAAUAUAACAACACUUUUUGUGAGAAACCCAUCCGCAGAGUUGAAAAUUUGAUGGAAACCCAUUUAACUUUGUAUUUUAUUCGGUACACGGGAAUUUAACAGCUAAAGGUAUUUUUAUGUGCACUACGUCAUCACGCACAGUCGGUUUGAUGGAAACAUUUCUGGUGGGAAAAUGCACAUAUUGUUUUGAUGCAGAUUUUUGAAUAUUUGUC